AUGGCUGAUGAUGAAUCAUACGCGUCCACGAUGUCAGGAAGAGCUAGAAUUGUCAUUGAAAUGGUGAUAUUUAUUUGCAUCAUUUUAACAACGGCGAUAGGCAACUCACUGGUUUGCAUUUCUGUUAUCAAAUUCCGCCAUCUUCGGACAAACACGAACUUCAUACUGCUAAGCUUAGCUUUCACAGACCUAAGCAUGGUUAUUAUUAUGGUUUUAAAUGCAGCAACGACAGUGACUGAGAAGUGGAUCUUUGGAGAAUGGGGUUGUCAAGCCAUCGCUUCAAUUGGUCUCUCGCUCUCCUUCAUUUCAAUUCUUCACUUGUGUUUCCUAAGCGUGGAUCGCUACAUCGCUAUCCAAAAACCAUUUCGUUAUCAAUUCAUUAUCACUAAAAGGAGGGUCAGAAACAUUUUACUGCUGAUUUGGCUGUCUGUAGCCGUUUUGACGAACAUCCCACUAGCAGAUUUUGAAUUCAGGGCUUAUACCUAUGGAUGCACUGAGUUAAAAAGCAACAAGCCAUCUUCGCCGUAUAUCUUUUUUCUCGUCUCAGUAUUUGUAAUCAUACCCUUCGCAAUAAUUUUCUUCUCCAACAUCGUUGUUUUUAGAACAGCUUUCAGGCAAGCGAGACAGUUGAGUCGAGAAGAGCGAAGGCUAAGAGAGUCCUUGGCAGACAUUUGCGACGAAGAUGAAACACAACAGGAAAAAUCACCGGAAACACAUUCUAUGAAAAGAGAAAUCAAGUCUGCGCAAACUUUUGCCCUUGUUAUUGGGCUGUUUCUUUGUUGUUAUACACCUUUCUACACUGCGGGUACUUACAGAAAGAUUGCUGGAUCUGUUAAAGUGCCACCUAGGGUUAUAUUAAUAACGAUGUGGAUUGCUUUUGCCAACUCGUUCUGUAACCCGAUUGUUUAUGCCUUACGGUAUUUGCCAUUUCGUGAGGCGUUCAAAACUUUAAGUUCUUGUAGACGGAAAGGCAAUUAUAAUUGUGCUUAUCCGCCAUAUUCUUCUUGGGUACGUGAAAGACAAGGGACUGCUUUGUCAGCUUUAUCGAACAACUCGGUUCAGUGA